GGCAUCGCUACUCGCUAGCUCACCAAGUUUCAAAAAUCAUGGCGCAAUUGUCUUCCUUCUUAAAGUUUUAAGAUGCGAAGAAUUUAACGCCAGCUUCCCGGGGGCACGUUGCAGGAGGAACGCUGUGGUUCUUCCCUUCUCUUUUCGUGUACGACAAUAGGAAAGGCUUCUCCCUGAUCUCUUCGAUCACCCAUCGCCGUCUCUUUCCCGGAUCCACAAAUCGAAACCGCCUCUCUCUCUCUCUCUCUCUCUCUCUCUCUCUCUCUCUCUCCCUUCGAUUAUCCAGUUGUAUUAUUUUCUAGCGAGCAGUAGAGCCAUCGAUCCAUCGGAAAAUGGUGAGCGCCCUCGCGGGGUUCAAGGACCACCUGAAGCUCGCCAGGGAGUAUGCCACAGAGGGCCUUUACGACACUUCCAUCAUCUUCUUCGAUGGAGCCAUCGCCCAGAUCAACAAGCAUCUGAGCACGCUUGAUGAUCCAGUGAUUAGAACAAAAUGGACGAACUGCAAAAAAGCACUUUCUGAUGAAAUAGAUAUUGUAAAGCAACUGGAUGCUGAAAGAAGGGCCUUCAAAGAAGCGCCUGGAAUAGCACGUUCUUCUUCCCCUCCAAUACAAACAAAGUCAUCGUAUAUUUUCCAGCCAGCAGAUGAAUAUCCAAGUUUCUCAUCUGCUCCUGCUGAUGAUCCUGAUGUGUGGAGGCCACCCAGCCGAGAUACCCAGCCAAGCAGAAGGUCAGCUAGAUCUGGUCCAAUAGGUGCUGGAAGAAAAUCUUCCCAAGAUCCAUCUUGGGCACGUUCCUCUAGGUCAGCUUCUGGAGGACGUGGAGCUAAGUCUGGUGGUGCUGCCACCUCGGGUAGAUCUGGACCUGGUGUACGGUCAUCUAGCACAUCUAGUCAGGGUGGCAAGAGGGGUAAUGCCAGCAGUAAAAGCAAUUCUAGCAAGAGCGACCCACAGGGUGGUGAUACUGAUGAAGGAAAGUCCAAGAGACCGCAGUAUGAAGGUCCAGAUUCAGACUUGGCUGCAAUGCUUGAAAGAGAUGUUUUGGAGACUAGUCCUGGUGUAAGAUGGGAUGAUGUUGCUGGAUUAACUGAAGCCAAAAGACUGCUGGAGGAAGCAGUUGUCCUUCCACUAUGGAUGCCUGAAUAUUUUCAGGGUAUUCGUCGUCCUUGGAAAGGAGUUCUCAUGUUUGGCCCGCCUGGAACAGGGAAAACACUUUUGGCAAAGGCAGUUGCUACUGAGUGUGGAACCACAUUUUUUAAUGUUUCAUCUGCCACUCUAGCUUCUAAAUGGCGUGGAGAGAGUGAACGCAUGGUCCGGUGCUUGUUUGAUUUGGCAAGGGCUUAUGCACCUAGUACCAUUUUUAUUGAUGAGAUUGAUUCUCUUUGCAAUGCUCGAGGUGCUUCAGGAGAGCAUGAAUCAUCUAGGAGAGUGAAAUCUGAACUUCUAGUCCAGGUGGAUGGUGUGAACAACAGUUCAACUAGUGAAGAUGGUAGCCGGAAAAUUGUGAUGGUGUUAGCAGCUACAAACUUCCCUUGGGAUAUCGAUGAGGCACUAAGGCGGCGCCUAGAAAAGCGAAUUUAUAUACCCCUUCCAAAUUAUGAGAGCCGUAAAGAGCUCAUUCGCAUCAACCUUAAAAGUGUGGAGGUUUCUCCUGAUGUAGAUAUUGACGAAGUAGCACGCCGAACUGAGGGAUAUAGUGGAGACGAUCUCACCAAUGUUUGUCGUGAUGCUUCACUGAAUGGAAUGAGGCGAAAAAUUGCUGGAAAAACAAGAGAUGAGAUCAAGAACAUGUCCAAAGAUGAAAUCUCCAAAGACCCAGUUGCAAUGUGUGACUUUGAAGAAGCUCUUGGCAAGGUGCAGCGCAGUGUUUCCGCUGCUGAUAUUGAACGGCAUGAGAAAUGGUUCUCUGAGUUUGGAUCAGCAUAGUGGCUCCAAAUGUCCUUGUGCUUCUUCAAAUUGUACCCCCUCUAUUGUGUAAUCUUUGUUCUUAAACUCUUGUAUUUCUUGCUCUUGCCCUGGCUUUAUUAUACAUGGAGGAUCUCUUGCCCCUCCACAACUGCCAUGUAUGUUGUUUUGUAUGGCCCUAAUUUGACAUAUCUACUCUUGAGGAAAUGAAGUUACAUCUAGAAAGUACUCUCACUUCUAAUAGUA